GCAGGGGGAAAAGCAGUGUCAACUGUUGGACAUCACUCGAUUUGGAUUCCUUUUGGGCCUAAAUUCACUAUGGCAACUCUCAAGGAUCAGCUGACUGUGAAUCUUCUGAAGGAAGAACAAAGCCCCCAGAAUAAGAUUACAGUCGUUGGGGUUGGUGCUGUUGGCAUGGCCUGUGCCAUCAGUAUCCUAUCGAAGGACUUGGCAGAUGAGCUUGCUCUUGCUGAUGUCACGGAAGACAAAUUGAAGGGAGAGACGAUGGCUCUCCAACAUGGCAGCCUUGUCCUUAGAACACCAAAGAUUGUCUCUGGCAAAGAUUGUCAUGUGACUGCAAACUCCACGCUGGUGAUUAUCACAGCUGGGCCACGUCAGCAAGAGGGAGAAAGCCGUCUUCAUUUGGUCCAGCGUCACGUGAACUUCUUUACAUUCAUCAUUCCUAAUGUCGUCAAAUACAGCCCCAACUGCAAAGUGCUUAUUGUUUCCAAUCCAGUGGACAUCUUGACCUAUGUGGCUUGGAAGAUUAGCGGCUUUCCCAAAAACCGUGUUAUUGGAAGUGGUUGCCAUCUGGAUUCAGCCCGGUUCCGUUAUCUCAUGGGGGAAAGGCUGGGAGUUCACCCAUCAAGCUGUCAGGGGUGGGUCCUUGGGGAGCAUGGAGACUCGAGUGUGUCUGUAUGGAGUGAAGUGAAUGUUGCUGGUGUCUCCCUGAAGUCUCUGCACCCUAAUUUAGGCACUGAUGCUGAUAAGGAACAGUGGAAAGAAGUUCACAAACAGAUGGUUGACAGUGCUUAUGAGGUGAUCGAACUGAAAGGCUACAGAUCCUGGGCCAUUGGACUAUCCGUGGCAGAUUUGGCAGAAAGUAUGAUGAAGAAUCUUAGGCGGGUGCAUCCAAUUUCCACCAUGAUUAAGGGUCCCUAUGGAAUAAAAGAUGACGUCUUCCUUAGUGUUCCUUGCAUCUUGGGACAGAAUGGAAUCUCAGAUGUUGUGAAGGUGACUCUGACACCAGAGGAAGAGGCCCGUUUGAAGAAGAGUACAGAUACACGUUGGGGGAUCCAAAAAGAGCUGCAGUUUUAAAGUCUUCUAAUGUCGUGCCAUUU